AUGGCCAUCUGGUUUUGGAUUCUAGGCUGGGUUCUUUCCAUUCUGACGAUAACUGGAAAUGGAUUUAUUAUUUUCCUCGUGAGCAGCGAUCGACAACUCCGCACUAAAACCAACGCGUUAAUUGUUUCUCUUGCAUUGGCGGAUUUUUUGGUUGGAGCAACCGUUGUUCCAUUCCUGUUCCUCUGUAUGAUCAUCCUCAAAAAUGGCUGCAUUUGGCCGCGAGAAUGGCCGUCGUGGGUUUAUCUGAUGAGGUGGCUUUUCAGUUAUGCGUCCAUGAUGAACUUGUGCAGUUUGGUGCUUGAUCGCUAUAUUGCCGUCGUUAAACCGCUCAAAUAUGGAACACUUAUGACUUGUCGCCGCGUCAUUCGAGUAAUUUUCUUUUCUUGGGCAAUCCCUGUCGGUUUUGUGACAACUUCACUUUUUUUCGCUUUUUAUGCCACACUAGAUUCAAUAAUUAUUUUUAUAUGCAUAUGCACAAUGUUUUUCGAGAUAGCUUCACUCUGUAUGUUAGUAUUCUUCUUCGCGUCCAUGGUACAUGUGGUGUACAAACACGAUCGACUAGCUGCCAGUUAUGCGAAACAAUUAAGUUUCAACCAUCGGGUUUUGACGUUCAACUCACGCGACAAGUCUGCAGUGACAAUGAUGUCGAUUGUUGUGGGAAUAUUUGUGAUCUGCUACGGAAUAUAUCUUCGCUGUGGUUUUAUAUAUAUUUUUACUCAGAAAUCGUGUGAUGAUUUCCAAUAUAAAACGCUUGUUUUAGUAUUAAACUCCGGCAUCAACCCUUUGGCCUACGCUUUUUUCAAGAGAGACUUGAAGAAGAAGAUUAAGAGACUUCUUUGCCGGAGAGAGAGAAAAUAAAUCAUUCAUGGAUUUGUUGCUGUAGAGUUGAACCCAAGAAAAGAGAAGAAAACAAAAGGUAGAAAGCUUUAAUAUAACCAUUUUGUAUACAUUUUUCAACGACGCUACAGUUGGAACAAUCUCUAUGCCAGUCACCAACUGUCAAUGAGACUAAUGUAAAAAGUGCAAAAUGAUUAUCGUUUACAUUGAAGACUUGUCUGUGAUGAGGCGGCUGCAGACCGUUCUAGAUAUUUUGUCUUACACCGAGAGUAGUUACAUAGCCGUACAGAGGUUUUUCCGUCUCCGUGUCUCGCCCUUGAUAAAGCUGGAUAUCACGAAACCAAAUUAUAUGGUUCUUUCAUUGUUUAAAGAAAGUUUCAUAUAGCCGCUAAGAUGUACGGACUUUGUUUCGCACAAAUUUACCUUUUGAACUAUUUCGAAACCCUAGCCUAUAACCGUAACUGUGUGGCUCUAGCUAUUUCUUUAUUACAAAUGCGAUAAAAUUACACCAAUUAGUAUCGUUAAUAAUGUUUGCGAGCUUUCCCCGCAUCGGUGGCCUUUAAGCGAAAAAGGAUCUAUUAAUAAAACUUCCAGGACGG